AUGGCGGCUUUACCUACUCUACGCAAGUGUGCAUUGUCGCACUGUCGCUCCUAUCCCCGGGCAACAUCCCCCAUCGUCCUCGAUUUCCUCGCCCCAUCAACAGUGACAUACCGCCAAAGUCGGCAUGCCUCAACUACUGCCGGCACCUCUGGUGACUCCAGACCUCUAUAUGUUCUCAGCAGAAAGCAACGGGAAUUCAUGGACAGCGCCCUUAGAGUCAAUCAAGCCGGUGAACUCGCUGCGACCCUUAUCUACACUACCCAAACGCCUCAAAUUGUCCGCUCCUACCCGCACCUCCGACCGUUGAUGAAACACAUGUACGAUCAAGAAGCAGGACACCUCAAGACCUUCAAUCACCUCGUCGCCAAGCACCAGGUCCGCCCCACAGCUAUGUAUCCGGCAUGGCACGUAGCGGCCACUUUUUUGGGAUGGUCAACUGCGGCAUUGGGCCGCGAAGCCGCGAUGGCCUGCACCGAAGCUGUGGAGACUGAAAUUGGAUCACACUACAACGACCAAGUGAGGGAGAUUCUGUCUUGGGAGGCAGAUGCCGAAAGAAGGGGGGAGCGGCUGGACGAUGAACUUAAGGAAAUGUUGGCCACAUUCCGGAGAAUUCGCGACGAGGAACUAGAACACCUCGACCACGCUGUGGCUAAUGACGCGAAGGAAGCGAAGCCUUACGACCCACUGGUUGAUGUCAUUCGGUUUGGAUGCAGGGCUGCUAUCAAGAUUAGUGAGAAGAUCUAA